AAGUGAUCACGUGACUAAGAGGUGUGGGGAAGCAAAGGGCGGGAAAACAUGGCGACCGUGAGGAAAAGGCCUUUGAUUGAAAUGAUCGACGUCUUAGGAAAGAAUCCCAAGAAGCCAAAAAUACUAGCAACAAAGCAGCUUCACUUAGACUUUGGUCAAAAAUUUUUUGGCCCUGUCCAGUGCAAGCGUUGUGGCAUGUUGUACUCAUACGGACAGUCACAGGAUGAGCUGGAUCAUUACGAGUACCACAAGAAGAUAACAAGUGGAAUAAGAUUCGAUGGAUGGAAGAAUGAGAGGAGGGUUGAAGCAAUAGAGUCCUUUGACAGAGUCUCAUCACAUCCACCAAUGAAGGAUACCAGGAUAUUGUUAGUCUUACCAACCGACAUUAAAGCCCAUCUGAAGAAGAUUGAUAGUAUAAUAGCCCAUAUUGAUAAUGAAUUAGGAAUCAGUACUACUGGUACUCUUAAUCCCAAUGCAAAGUUACUGAUGUGUAUUAGUAAUCGUAAGGUGGUUGGAUGUAUUGUAGUGGAGAGUAUCACUGAGGGAUUUAGGAUUAUGUCGAACGAUGAAAAUAACAGCUCCAGCUGGUCCUGCAGUGAGAAGUCUGAGCCAGCAUUGAUGGGUGUUAAUAAAGUAUGGGUGUUUGAUUCAUUUAGAAGAAAAGGGAUUGCUAGAAAGUUAUUAGAUGCUGCUAGGCAUAAUUUUAAACCAGGGCAUAUCAUUCCUAAGGAGGCCAUUGCUUUUACUGAUCCUACAGUAGAUGGCAGACAUUUUGCAGUCAGUUACUGUGGAACUCCAAACUUUCUAAUCUAUAGAUGACACAAGAAUGGAAUCUUAACCAAACAGUGAACAUGUAUCAUAAUAAUAUAAAAAAUGAUGUGAUUAUUGUGUAUUAAAGCACUUUUUAACACUUUUGCAUAAAAUUUUCAACAAAUAGAAGAUGAUAAAAUUAGGGGUUAUCUAA